AUGUCCGACAAAGUCCAAAACAAAACCCUCCUCUUCAAAAAGGUCCCCACCAACGCCCCCAUCCCAGGGGAGCACCUCGCCGUCGAACCCGUCCCCUUCGACCUCAAACCCCCCAAAGGAGGCCUCACCGUCGCCGUCCUCUCCGCCUCCUACGACCCCUACCUCCGCGGAAAGAUGCGCGACCCCUCCAUCAAGUCAUACUCCCCGCCCUUCCUAGUUGGCGAGCCCAUCACCAACGACACCGUCUCCAAAGUGAUCCGCUCUGAUACCCCUGACUUUGCCGAGGGGGAUCUGAUCGUUGCUUACCUCCCCCUGGCGGAAUACGCCCACUUGAGCGCUGACCAGCUGAAAAACGGAACGAUCAGGCGCAGGGUUGAUAUCAAGAACUCCAAGAUUGGGAAGGACCUGGGGUUGUUUUUGGGACCGUUGGGGAUGCCGGGGUUGACAGCUUGGAGUUCGUAUCAUGAGAUUGGGCAGCCGAAGAAGGGGGAGACGAUUUUCAUCAGUUCGGCUGCGGGCGCGGUUGGGCAGGUUGUUGGGCAGGUUGCUAAGCGGGAGGGACUCAGGGUUAUUGGAUCGGUUGGUGCAGAUGAGAAACUCGAUUUUAUCCUCAACGAGCUUGGGUUUGAUGGGGGGUUCAACUACAAGACUGAAAACCCGUUUGAUGCCCUCAAGCGGCUCGCGCCGGAUGGGGUGGAUAUCUACUUUGAGAAUGUCGGUGGGGAGCAGCUCGAGGCUGCGAUUGAGGCGAUGAACCAGCAUGGAAGGAUUAUUGCUUGCGGGAUGAUUAGCCAGUACAGUGUUCCUGACGAACAAAAGUAUGGGGUCAAGAAUCUGUUCAAGGUGGUGAGCAAAAGGAUCACGAUGAGGGGCUUUAUUGUUUAUGACAAGGGGUUUGCGGAUAAGUAUGGGGAGGAGCACCAGAGGAAGAUGCAGGAGUGGUUGGCUGAGGGGAGCUACAAGGCUAAGCUGAGUGUUACUGAGGGGAUUGACAAUGCGGCCGAGGGGUUAGUGGGCAUGUUGGAGGGGAAGAACUUUGGGAAGGCGGUGUUGAAGAUUAGGGAUUUGGAGGAGUAA